AAUGUUACAAAGGCUAUUAGUCUUUUGGAUAGCCUCGUCUACGGAUUUAAUACAUCUUUUACCUCAUUUUGCAAUGCAAAUGGUGUCCGUAUAUUAGUAGACAGAAUUAAGGAUGAAGUUGAUUUGGGGGUACAGCUUGCAAAAGAUGCUCACGGUGAUCGUAUGGAAGAUAUAACUAUCGCAAGUUCUUCUGAUGCUGAUCCAUCAUCUUCAAAAGUCGAUGUUAUUACUCCUGCAACUGCAGAAAAUGAGGUAUCACUUCCAUACGAGAGGUCAUCUUUGUUAAAGUCGAUGUUAAAGUUUGUUUUACACAUGAUGCAAGCCUCCGGUACAGCAGACGGUUUGCGAAAUCUUAUAGACACUUCUUUACCGGAUUCUCUAAAGAAGGUUUUUGAGUUACCAAAUACUUUUGGUAGUAGCAUAUUUGCUCUUGCAAUCAACUUGAUUGCAACAUUCAUCCAUAAUGAACCUACCUCCCUUCCGAUUAUGCAGGAAGUGCAACUUCCACAAACUUUCUUAAAUUCAAUAUGCAAGGAAAUUCCUGCAUCGGUUAUUCAAUCAAUUCCAAAUGCAUUUGGAGCAAUUUGUUUGAAUUCGCAAGGGAUGGAUAUUUUCAAAGAGAAGGAUCCAAUUGAUAAAUUCUUCACAAUUUUUACUUCAACCGAUCAUCUACGUGCGCUUCAAGAUGGAGAUGUUGCUUCUGUUUUAGGAACUUCGAUUGAUGAAUUAAUGAGGCAUCAUCCAGUAUUAAAGCCAAGUAUUAUGAAUGCAACGAUGUCGGUUUUACAGCGUAUUCUUGAUCUUGGCAAUAGUGAAACUUCUGUUAAAGAUGACUCCAGCACGUUGCACAUCGGCCAGGAUGACGAUCAAUCGGCAAAUUUGGAGAUGCGAGUGGAGUCAGAACCGACAGAUACAAAUAUGACAGAUUUAGAUUCAUCGAAACCUGAAGAAAAAAAGGAAAACACAGUGGUUGCAUUUAUUGAAAUUGCAGCGAGGUUUUUAGAAGGUCUAUUGCAAACUCAAAAUCAUUGUAAAGAUUUUCUUUCGAAAAAUGGCCUUAGUAUGAUUCUUAAAUUUUACGCACUACCGACGGUACCCUACGAUUUUGCGAGUUCCCAAGCGUCAUAUUCUUUGUCACAUUUACUGCGAGUUAUUGCUGAUGUUGAUCCGAAAAGGAAUGUUACGUCAAUAAUUUCCGCUCUUAACGAGGCACUUCAAAGAGCAACAAAUUUCUUAUCGUAUGAAGGAAAGGGCGGUCUUCUUUCAGAGUAUAUUGAUUUAAGAGCUACCGACACUGUUAAGGUCGAGGAGGCGAAUUCUACAUUUAGGGCUUUAAUUGCGCUACACGGAUAUGCAGGGUUGCUUUCAGAUGUGUAUUGUACUCCUGUUUUCUCUCAUAGCAAGAGUGCUUCGUCAGUUAUUGAGGCUUUCGUGGGAGCUGAUAGCGAAAUUUUGUCUGCUCUCGGUAGAUUACAUCGUGCAUGCGUGUGGGAGAAUGUUAUUUUAAAAUCUACCGUACCCAAAUCAUGGUACAAUACUCCAACUAAAAUGAAAAGGCCUUCGCUUCUUCCAGAAAUUUCUUCAGGUGUAUCUUCGUUGUUUGAUGAAGUUGAAAAAGAUAACGCCGAUUCAAAUGAACCACCAGUUGAUCAAAAUAAUCGCCAAGUUAAAAAUGCCAAAUAUUUCAAGUUUUUAGUAUCCCAGAUACCUUCGUGUUUGACUUCUUUAUUUCAAGGAUUAGCAAAAAUGUUAUUUUUACGAAAAACACCGCCAGAUCCCAAUUUGAGAAAACAUGCAUUCAAAAUUUCAGACGCUAUUGCCGAAGUUUUGCGCGAACAUUUAACCUGGCCUCACAUCGACAGCGGUUCAGAAUCUUCUAAUAAAUAUAGUUAUCUUACAGUAAUGCUUGGACUUUUAUCUAUACUCUUCUUAGAUGAACGAAAUCAGGUUUCUCUUCAGACAAUGCUGGUAGUUUCAUUUGACCGUGUUGGGGGUUUAGAAUGCGUAUUCAAUCUGUUUCGGCAACUCUGGGAAGAGGCUGAUGCAAUUAAAACUCUUGAUGAAUUUUCAACGAUAGAGGCGGAUGACAAAUCUAAGGAAAAGCUUUCAAGAAUUCACGGGUGUAUUGAUGUUACUUUGAACUUCUUCCAAUUCAUUGGAUCGUCAAAAUUAUUGCAUGAAUCAGCACAGACAGCGCCCUUAAUGUCGAAAGACAAAGAUCCACGCUUUGAUCCAUUUGAUCCAUGUGAAUUUCUCGUAAAUGUUCGCGCUAAGAUUCUUCCAGUAAUUAAUGAUUUUUGGAACAAAUCGUAUCUCCAGAAAACUCCACCGAACAUCGUUCGUUCAGUAAUUCAAAAUUUAGUUCAGAUCUUAAAAGCAGAGGGAGAGGUUAAUCACCGUCCUGAGGGGUCAGGCUCAACAAGUGGCGGUUUAGCUUCAGUGUUUGGUGCAACCCGGUCUAUGAUCCCCGACGAAAGCAGAGUGCAGCAAUUGAUUGACAUGGGUUUCUCGCGAGCAGCGUCAGAGACAGCACUUACGCGUUGUAAUAAUCUCGUUGAAACAGCAGCAGAAUAUUUGUUGACGCAUCCACACUUGCAUACUAUUGCAACAGGUAUAACCACUGGAGACCCACCUACCGAAGCCAGUCGUGAUUCAUCGAGUAAUCCUACCGCAAGAGAUACAAGUGCCUCAGGAUCAAAUGCUGACGCAGCUGGUACUUCAGGUGCUGAUGAUGAUGACAUAUCAGAUAACGAAGACGAAGUUCCCGGUGAACAGACUGAAUUAGCCCAGGCCCUUGCUUUAUCAAUGCAGGAUAAUCAAAAACCCGAUGAAAGUGGCGAUACAAAUGAUGUGCCAGUACCUAUGGAAACCGAUAAUACUACAAAAAAAGUAGACAAAGGUAAAGCAAAAGAAAUUUCGGCGAUAGAUAAACUCAAAGAACUCAGGGAUGAACUUAAAUCUAGCUCUGCAGCUCGUGCAAUCGACCUCUUGGGCAAAGUAGAAGAUAUUAUUUUUGAAGUUAAGGAUCUGUUUGUUCUUUUGGGCAAAGAUAAUUUAGAAAAAACAAUAGAAUUGGUGAUUAAAAACAUCGAGUUAGCGAGAAGCCAUACGGACGAACAACGUAAGAAAGUUUUAGGUUCCCUUUUAAGGCUUUUGGCGCUUUUAGCGAACGAAACGAGUAUACAAGAAAAAAUUUUCCAGUUGCCAUUUAGUAUAUUUAAGGAGAUGUUGCUCAUGAUUUCUGAACAAAUCAACACUUCACCUGAGACAGCGUUAUCAAAAUGGCUUGCUCCGGCUUUACUUGUAGUUGAGGCUUUCAUCUCAUUAUCUGAUGAGCCAAAAAGUGUCGAAUUAAACAUAAAACCAGAGGAAUCAAAAGAAAUUGAUUCUACGAUGAUAGAAUCAAGCUCACCAACAGAUUCACAACGAUCACAGCUUCUUGAAUGUUGCCUAUCAUUUUUAAAACGGAAGGAUCUCGACAAAGAUAUAACAAAUGCAUUACUUCGAAUUCUUGUUCGCCUUACCCGAUGUCACUCUGACGCAACUGAAUUUGUCAAAAAAGAUGGUUUGACACUACUAUUCAAUCAAUUUAAGCCGCGAUCCCAUGAUUUCCGUGGCCAACAAGUAUUUAUAGUAAUGAUACUGAGACACAUUAUCGAAGACACAUCUGUAUUGGAGACAAUUACGGAUCGAGAAAUAAAGAAUUGGUUUAAUAAUUCUCGUUCUCGAACCGUUGAUAUUCACGCAUACCUUCGUGGUACAGCUCAAUUUGCCCUUCGAAAUCCGGAAAUAUUUAUUCAAUCUACUAAGAAACUUUGUAAGUUACAGAGAUAUGAGCAAAGUGGGCGAAAUCAGAUCACUUUAAUUAAACAAGAGGAAUCCAGUAAUGCCACUAACAAAGAUGCCACAACGGGUGAAGAAGAGAUGACUGAUGCUGUUCCAUCUACAUCUGCUUCAAUUGAAUCUCCUAAAAAAUUUUCAUUUGGCUCCGAAGUUGCCGAGGGUCUUGUUCAAUUUAUCGCAAACGAGUUAAUCUCAAUUCGUAGUCAUACUAAUCCUGCGUCAUCGAAUUCUAAGCCAUCAGAAUCUACUUCAGUUGAAGAGAGUAACGAAAAUGGCAGCAAUUCUAUUACUACUACAGCCGCUACUUCUACUGGUGGAAAUUCACAAACGACAAUAUUUAAACCAGAGGAACAUUUAGAUUACUUGUGUCGUUGCUUCUUGCUUCAAUGUUUAACUGAGCUUCUCUCUUCGUAUCCUUCAUGUAAAGUUGAGGUGAUGACUCUUUCACGUCGAAAAAGUAGCAUGGGUGCUGGUUCUCAACCCAAAUCCAAGACUCCGCUUUUGACCUAUCUCUUGAAUGAACUACUUCCUUAUGGAUGCAUUACCCCGUCAACCGAAAUAGAAAUGCGCAAACGUUUUGGACAGUCAAAAUGGACAAUUUCAGUUUUAGUAGCACUGUGUUCAAGUAUAAGCGGCGAGACAGAUGAGAAAAAGACGCAACCUGAGCUUAUCCAAGUUAGAAAGUUCGUAUUGGAUGGUAUUAUUCGUUCUUUCAAAAGUGCUAUCUCUUCUUCUGACCCAAUAGAAGCCAAAUAUGGAAGACUUUUAGCAUUAGCUGAAUUGUGUCAUGCACUCCUCACUGCGCGUACCAGUCCAAAUAUAACUCAUAAACCCGCUGAAGAUGGACCCGCCAGUAUUGCAAAAAUUAUGUUGGAUAAAAACUUUGUGAACACACUGACAGAUGCUUUAUUCGAUGUUGAUCUAAAUUACCCCUCGGCGAGGAUAUUGAUCACAGCUCUUUUGAAACCUUUCGAAUAUCUCACAAAGAUUGCCAUUAAACUGGGAAGAUCUACUGAAAACUUAACCAAAGAUGAAAAAGAAAAACGACGUGACAGUAUCUCUUCAGUUUCCACCCCUUCUGUCGAUGAUGCAAACCCCGAAGAGGCACCUGAUUUAUACGCAAACUCAGUGCUUGGUGCCCUUGAAGGAAGAAGGGUCGACAGUGAUGAAAUGGAUGACGAAAGCCUGGACACUUCCGAAGAAGAACGAAGAUAUGAUGACGGAGAAUUUGACGAGGAAAGUGACCUGAGCGAAGAAGACGAUGAUGAUGAUGGCGAUGAUGAUAACGGAGAUGAUAUGGAUGUGGAAAUACUUGUUCAUAGUCAUGCUGUGUUGGAUGAUGAAGGUAAUGAGGAACGUGAUUCUGAAAAUGAGCGCGAAAUUCGUCAACGCUUAGAGAAUGAAGAUGACUCUGAAGAUGAACAUCUUCACGUUCAAGAUGGUGAUGAUGAUCAGGAAAUGUGGGAUGUUCAUGAACAAGUUAUGAUAGAACGUGGCGAUAUCGCUGAAGAAGUAAUCGGUGAUGAUGAAGGGCAUAUUCAUCGGCAUCGUCGUCAUGAUCGAUUCGGAGGCAACGACGAUGGUGCGGACAGAGACAUUAUUGGAGAUAUAGAUGAUGGAUUUGAUAACCGCCUCAACUUUAAUUGGGGAUGGAACCAACCAGGAACAUUGUUUAUGAAUGAAGAUGAUUUUGGCAUACCAACCCGAACAGGUCGUCCAUUAUUUAGUUUUGGAAAUCGGCGUCAUCGACAUAUUCCUCGAAGAAAUCUUAUGGAAGUUCCUCAUGAGAGCCUCGAUUAUGUUAUAGGCGAUCCAGUUAGUUUUAAUUUCACCACUAAUGAUGACAUUGAUAUCCCUGGGUUAGGACGAAGUCGACCUUUGGCAAGUACGAACGAUGAUGUCACGACUCAUCCACUACUUAUCAAUCGUUCUCCCGCCAUUCCAUCUAUGUCCAAUUCUGAAUUGACGAGGGGACGUAGUGUUCGCAAUGGACCCUUAGGUGAUUGGGCUCAAUCAAUUGAAGAACUUAUUGGCGGUGGCGCUGUUCAGUUAUUAGAACAAUUACUUAGUCGAAGUCGCCUAGGACAACAUUCCACCUAUCGACUCGAGUUAAAUCCUACAUCACCUGGUUUAGUGAGCAACAUUGAAGUCGAAAGAGUUUUUCCAAGAUCCCUUUCAACUUCUCAGGAUACUCAAAACGUGAUACCGCCGAGCGAUCCCAUUACCGCAGUUCAAGAAUUUAUGCCUCAUUCUACUAGUCAGCGUUGGUGUGAUGAAGCUCGAAUGAUGUAUGGUUCUACUGUUUCAGAAAAAGCUACAAAGGAGGCUGCGGAAACUCAAUCUACAACAGAACAAACACAACAACCCAUGAAUGAAUCAACAGCAGAAUCUAAUGAGAUUGUGGAAGUUACUGAAGUCACUGAAAUAAUAGAAUUCCCGGAUGCCAUGCAAGAAGAUGCUCCAACAAAUGAAUUAGGAAAUGUAGCGGAAACGACAGCAAUGGAGGAAGAACCGACUCCUGUGACUGUUGUUCCUAGUGUUCCCAUGGAAGAAGACACAACUUUAGAGUCACCAGUCAUCACGGGUUCGUCACAAGCGGCAGAAAACGAAAAUGCAGCAGAGGGCUCCAGUGAAGCACCGUCCAGUAGAACUACCGUCAUGGUCAACGGUCAAUCUGUGGAUAUCACAGAUACUGGUUUCGACCCAACUUUCCUCGAAGCUUUACCGGACGAUCUGAGAGAAGAGGUACUCAACCAAAAUUUGCCACCUGAGAGACGUACCAGACCGCCGGUUGCCACUGGAGGCGGCGACGCAAUUAGUCCAGACUUUUUGGCGGCUCUCCCUGAUGAUUUAAGAGAAGAAAUUAUUCAACAAGAAGAGGCACUUGGACAACGUCAAGCUGUUGCUGCUGAAAUGGAUACGGCAAGUUUCUUUGCAUCUUUAGAUCCCCAAUUGCGACAAACAGUUCUUCUUGAACAAGACGAGGUAGUCCUAGCAUCAUUACCACCAUCAAUUAUUGCUGAAGCAAAUGCUCUUCGAGAAAGAGCCAGCCGAAGGUAUACGAACGCGGUGAGGUCAAGAACAUUAGCUAAUACCGCUUCACCGGCACAUAUCCCGAAAAAGCCUACAGUCCAACGUGAUGCCAUGAAACUUGUUGAUACCACUGGUUUAUCCACGCUAGUUAGAUUGUUAUUCCUACCUCAACCUUUGAAUAAUAAGAAUCUGUUGCAUAAAAUAUUACUUAAUCUUUGUGAAAAUAGCAAAACACGCGGUGAACUUAUAACCAUGCUGCUUUCAGUUUUAUAUGAAGGAAGUGGAGAUGUGUCGGCAGUUGAUAAAAGUUUUGCACAGAUGUCUUUAAGAGCAAAAGGAACUGCGAAAGGAACGCCAAGGAGACAAUCAAGCCUUCCAAAUCCUUCUCUUGCUCAGAUAACUCAGGCAGCCGGAGAAAAUGUUCCAAAUUUAAUAGCGCAACGUUGUUUAGAGGCAUUGACUUAUAUUGUUACCAAUGAUGCUUCAGUCACUUAUUUUUUGAUGGAACAUGAAAACAAUAUUGGACUUAAAAGAUCGAAUAGCCGUAAGGGAAAGGAAAAACAAACAAAGACAAUAAUAAACAAAUAUCCAGUGGUGAUAUUGCUAAGUUUGCUUGACCGUCAAGUAUUUAUUAAGAAUACUGCUUUGAUGGAUCAAUUAAUGCAGUUACUAUCGACAGUUUUACGUCCCUUAUCUUCAUUGGCUAAAAAUGAAACAACAAAGGAACAAUCAAAACCCACUCCCACUCCCACUCCCACCGAACCUUCAACGCAAGAUAUCGCCCCACCACAACCUACCGAAACACUCACCCAAGAAGAAAAUGCGACCCCUGUCAACCCUGAAAGUGAAACAGCAUCGAAACUUGCACCGGCUUCAACUUCAAAACCAUCAGAAACGGAACAACCAACUUUAAAACCCCCAGAAAUUCCAGACCAUUGUUUGCGACUGGUGGUGAACGUCCUAACCGCUGGGGAAUGCAUCAGUACUACAUUCAAGCAUACUUUAUCUGUUAUUCAACACCUUUCAACUUUAAAAGGAGCCAAGGAGGUUAUAACAUCAGAACUGGUUGAUCGAGCACAAUCUCUUGGAAAUGAUAUAUUAGAUGAUCUGGAUGAAUUGAGUAAAAUAUUGUCGAGAACAGAUUCAGGCGUAGAUGUUCAUGGCGUGACUUUGGCAAAAUUUUCACCUUCAUCAUCACAGCAAGCAAAACUCCUUCGUGUUCUCAAAACCAUAGAUUAUAUGUAUUCGCGAAAGCAACAAGUAUCAUCAACGUCGACUAAUACACAAGUUGAAGUGUCACUUGCGCCCACAGUAGAUCCGGACGAAGUAGACACCACUGCACCACGGACAUUAUUAGAUGGUAAUAUGAGAGGUACAAAAUUGACUGAGGAUGAGGAAAAGGUUAUGAAGAUAUACGAAAGUCUUAACUUUACAGAUCUCUGGAAAAAAUUAGGUGCAUGUUUGACCGGUAUACACGAAAAUCCCGAGAUGAUUCAUGUGGCAACUGUAUUACUACCUCUUAUUGAGUCUUUAAUGGUUGUAUGUAAAUAUGUUGGUAUGGCACCAUCUAAGGGAACAUCUACAUCUCAGUCCUCUCCUGAAAGCAUGGAAGAAUUGUUCUUCUCCUUUACUGAAGAUCACAAAAAGAUUCUUAAUACAAUGGUCAGAAACAAUCCAUCACUAAUGAGUGGUUCGUUCUCAUUACUCGUACAUAAUCCUAAGAUUCUUGAAUUCGACAACAAGAGGAACUAUUUCAAUCAACAGCUUCACAAGCGAACUAAUACCCGUGACCAUUACGGGACGAUACAACUCAAUAUAAGGAGACAAUAUGUAUUUGAAGAUUCUUAUCAAAAUAUACAAAGAAGAACCGGAGAUGAAAUCAAAUAUGGUAAAUUAAGUGUUCGUUUUGCCGAUGAAGAAGGAGUAGAUGCCGGAGGUGUAACGAGAGAGUGGUUCCAAGUUCUUGCGAGACAAAUGUUCAAUGAAAAUUACGCAUUGUUUAAGACUUCCGCUGCAGACAGACUCACAUAUCAACCUAAUAGAGCCUCAGGAGUAAAUCCAGAACAUUUAUUAUACUUCAAAUUUGUCGGUCAUGUAAUCGGCAAGGCAAUUUAUGAUGGUAGACUUUUGGACGCCUACUUCACGCGUUCCUUCUACAAGCAUAUUCUAGGGAAACCCGUUGAUUAUAGAGAUGUUGAGGCUAUAGAUUUAGAAUAUUAUAAUAGUUUGGUGUGGAUGCUGAACAAUGAUAUCACCAACGUCGUGGAUUUGACAUUUAGUGUAGAAACGGAUUAUUAUGGCCAAAAACAAACCAUUGAACUGAAAGAGAAUGGAGCCAAUAUUCCAGUUACAGAAGAAAAUAAACGAGAAUAUGUUACGCUUGUUACAGAACAGAAGCUGACCUUGGCAAUCAAAGAUCAAAUAGAGAGUUUCCUUUCCGGAUUUCAUGAAAUAAUUCCACCUCAUUUGAUCAGCAUAUUCAACGAACAAGAACUAGAAUUACUGAUUUCCGGAUUGCCGGAUAUUGAUAUUGAUGAUUGGAAAAAUAACACUGAAUAUCAGAACUAUACAGCCUCUUCACCUCAAAUUCAAUGGUUUUGGAGAGCUGUGAGGAGCUUCAGCCAAGAAGAGCGAGCUAAACUAUUACAAUUCGUAACCGGUACCUCAAAAGUGCCGUUAGAAGGGUUUUCUGCAUUACAAGGUGUUAAUGGUGUGCAGAAAUUCCAGAUUCAUAAAGAUUUUUCAAAAUCAGAUCGUCUUCCUUCUGCUCAUACAUGUUUCAAUCAAAUUGAUAUUCCCGAGUAUGAAGAUUAUGAGCAGCUAAGGUCACAACUGUUAAUGGCAAUUUCAGAAGGAACAACAGGAUUUGGAUUCCAAUAA